AUGUCGGAGCUGCAGAUUUCGCCGGCGAUUCACGACCCGCAAGGGCAAGAGAAGCAGCAGCAGGCCGCCGGAGUCGGGAUUUUGCUUCAGAUCAUGAUGCUUGUCCUCUCUUUUGUACUCGGUCAUGUCCUUCGCCGCCAUAAGUUCUAUUAUCUACCCGAAGCUAGUGCUUCGCUUCUAAUCGGUUUGAUCGUUGGUGGUUUAGCUAACAUCUCGAACACGGAGACUAGCAUAAGAGAUCGCUUCCUUGCUUUUGAAUUAUUGACGAUGCUUACGUUGUCAUUGGGUUUUAUGCAGAAACCUUUCUUUUCAAACUUUGGAGCCAUUGUCACUUUUUCCGUACUUGGAACCUUUGUAGCUUCCAUUGUUACUGGCGUGCUAGUGUACCUUGGCGGCGUGAUGUUUCUCAUGUACAGACUUCCGUUCGUUGAGUGCCUCAUGUUUGGCUCUCUUAUCUCAGCUACCGAUCCUGUCACUGUAUUGUCUAUAUUUCAGGAACUUGGCUCGGAUGUAAAUUUGUAUGCCCUGGUGUUUGGAGAAUCAGUUUUGAAUGAUGCUAUGGCCAUAUCUCUCUACAGGACAAUGUCCUUGGUGAGAAGUCACUCAACUGGACAGAAUUUCUUUAUGGUGAUAGUCAGGUUCCUCGAAACCUUUGUCGGUUCAAUGUCUGCAGGGCUGGAUGUUGACAAUCUGCAGAACUUGGAGUGCUGCCUCUUUGUGCUUUUCCCAUAUUUCUCAUACAUGCUUGCUGAGGGUCUCAGUCUAUCUGGCAUUGUAUCGAUUCUAUUUACUGGGAUUGUCAUGAAGCAUUAUACCUACUCAAACUUGUCUGCAAAUUCUCAGCGAUUUGUGUCUGCAUUUUUUCAUCUGAUAUCUUCCCUGGCAGAAACAUUUGUGGCUGCGAAUGUGUUUGGUUGUGGAUAUUUGGUCAACCUUGCACGACCUGCUCAUAGGAAAAUACCAAUGACUCAUCAAAAAGCACUUUGGUACAGUGGACUUCGAGGCGCUAUGGCUUUUGCCCUUGCUCUGCAAUCUGUUCACGAUCUCCCAGAAGGACAUGGUCAAACGAUCUUCACAGCAACGACAGCCAUUGUUGUUCUGACGGUGUUGCUAAUUGGAGGAUCCACUGGUACAAUGCUUGAAGCCCUAGAGGUUGUAGGCGAUAGCCGUGAUACAUCCCUUGGUGACGGCUUUGAGGUGGUUAACAAUCGUUACAUGACAAGUUAUGAUGAUGAAGAUUCACCAUCAGGAAGUGGAUUUAGGACAAAGCUAAGAGAGUUCCAUAAGAGCGCGGCGUCUUUCACAGAAUUAGACAGGAAUUACCUAACACCGUUCUUCACAAGUAGUAGCGGAGAUUAUGAUGAUGAGGGUGAGGGUAACACCGAGCAACACCAUGGUAACAACAUAUUUAAUUAG